AUGCUCUCUUCUUACGACAUACUCAUCGUUGGUGCCGGUGUAGCAGGCCCAGCUCUUGCCCAUGCUCUUGCCACAAAGACAUGUGAUAACCGUCGUGCUCCUUUGCGGAUAGCUCUACUUGAGCGUUCCUUGUCGAAGCCAGACCGCAUCGUCGCCGAAUUGCUCCAGCCUGGCGGCGUCACCGCGCUCAAGCAGCUUGGUCUGGAGUCAUGCCUCGAGGAUCUUGGCUCUGUUUCUUUGUUAGGCUAUCACGUUCUGCGAGGAGAGCAGGGCAUUUGCGCCUCGUUCCCUGAAGGCCAUGACGCGCGAGCUUUUGAGCAUGGAGCGUUUGUCAUGGCCUUGCGCGACCGCGCACGGCAGGCGCCCAAUGUCGACGUGAUCGAGAUCACAGUACUCGGUCUCAUCGAGAACGAGGACACGCAUCGCGUAAUAGGUGUUCGUGCCUCCAAAGCAGGUGGUCAGCCAGAGUCAUAUUUUGCUGACCUCGUCAUUGUCGCGGACGGCUCCACAUCCAAGUUCAGAACUGCCGUCCUCGGAAGCAUGCUAUAUGAGCCUUCACAUAGGGGUUACUUGGCAGGUCUGAUUUUGAAAGACCUGAAGCUGGCAGUGCCCCAGUAUGCCACUAUGAUUGUACUGAAACGCGCUGGACCGGUCGUCCUUUUUGAGCUCCCCAACAAUGAGCAUCGGAUGCUGGUCGAAUUGAAGGAGUCGCCGCCAGAUCUCAAGGAUCCUGAAAUCUCCGUCACUGCUGGCACGUAA